AUGGCAUCUGCAAUUGGUACUUGUGCGAACUGUGGAAAGCAGGCCAGCUCGUUGCCAGGAAGCUCCAGAACCCGCUACUGGCGAUAUGAGCAGCAUCUUCUACUGCACCAAAGCCUGUCAAACCGAGCACUGGCCCGCGACCGUUUCGCUUCUUUCGCGAAUGGGGUCAACAAGGACCUCCUUGGAGGAUCAUCUACGGAGUUUGAAGAUAAGCUCAAAGCUUUCAAGACUGAAUUGAAGCUGCACAUGUGUUUUGGGGUCUGA